CCCCCUCCCUCCCUCCUCGCUCGCUCGCCCCGUCCCUUCCCCCGCUCGGCGGCACCGGCGCGUUCGGGCCGCCGGCACCGGCCCGGGCCCGCUCCGACCCGCCCCGCUCCGGGUCCCGCAGCGCCGCGCCGCACCGCGCCCGGCUCCGCUCCGGGCCCCGCCACCCGGCCCCGCAGCGGCGCCCCCCUCGCCCCGGCCCUUCCCGGCUCGCUGAGGCCGAGAGCGGGCCCCGCCGGGCCCCCGGCGCGCUCGGGCCCGGGCGGAGGCGGAGGGGCCGCGCUCCUCCUUGGCCGCCCCCGCCAUGGCCGACAACGAGAAGCUGGACAACCAGCGCCUCAAGAACUUCAAGAACAAAGGCCGCGACCUGGAGACUAUGAGAAGACAAAGAAAUGAAGUUGUUGUGGAGUUGAGAAAGAACAAAAGAGAUGAGCAUCUCCUGAAGAGAAGGAAUGUUCCUCAUGAAGAUAUCUGUGAAGAUUCUGAUGUAGAUGGAGACUUUAGAGUGCAAAACACUUCUUUGGAGGCAAUAGUACAGAAUGCUUCAAGUGACAACCAGGGUAUUCAGUUAAGUGCUGUGCAGGCAGCAAGGAAGCUGCUGUCCAGCGACCGCAAUCCACCCAUUGACGACCUCAUAAAAUCAGGAAUAUUACCAAUCUUAGUGCACUGUCUUGAAAGAGAUGACAAUCCUUCCUUACAGUUUGAAGCUGCGUGGGCUUUGACAAACAUUGCCUCUGGAACCUCGGAACAAACCCAGGCUGUAGUUCAAUCCAAUGCUGUGCCGCUUUUCCUGAGACUGCUGCAUUCACCUCAUCAAAAUGUUUGUGAGCAGGCAGUGUGGGCUCUAGGAAAUAUCAUAGGUGAUGGACCCCAGUGUAGAGAUUAUGUCAUUAGCCUUGGAGUAGUGAAGCCACUGCUGUCCUUCAUCAGCCCCUCCAUCCCCAUCACCUUCCUCAGGAAUGUCACCUGGGUCAUGGUGAACCUGUGCCGCCACAAAGACCCCCCUCCCCCGAUGGAAACCAUCCAGGAGAUCCUGCCAGCCCUCUGUGUUUUAAUUCACCACACGGAUGUAAAUAUAUUGGUAGAUACAGUCUGGGCUCUGUCCUAUCUCACCGAUGCUGGCAAUGAGCAGAUCCAGAUGGUGAUAGACUCUGGAAUUGUCCCUCACUUGGUUCCUCUCCUCAGCCACCAGGAAGUCAAAGUCCAGACAGCUGCACUGAGAGCUGUGGGGAACAUUGUCACUGGCACCGAUGAGCAGACACAGGUAGUCCUCAACUGUGAAGCUCUCUCACAUUUCCCAGCACUUCUGACACAUCCCAAAGAAAAAAUUAAUAAGGAAGCAGUGUGGUUCCUAUCUAACAUCACUGCAGGAAACCAGCAGCAGGUUCAGGCAGUAAUAGAUGCAAACCUUGUUCCAAUGAUAAUCCAUCUUCUAGAUAAGGGGGAUUUUGGGACUCAGAAAGAAGCUGCUUGGGCAAUAAGCAACUUAACAAUCAGUGGGAGAAAAGACCAGGUGGCUUACUUAAUUCAACAAAAUGUAAUUCCUCCCUUUUGCAAUUUGCUGACAGUAAAAGAUGCACAAGUUGUGCAAGUGGUUCUGGAUGGACUAAGUAAUAUAUUAAAAAUGGCUGAAGAGGAAGCAGAAACCAUAGCCAACCUUAUAGAGGAGUGUGGAGGCCUGGAGAAAAUUGAACAGCUACAAAACCAUGAAAAUGAAGACAUCUACAAACUGGCUUAUGAGAUCAUUGAUCAGUUCUUCUCUUCAGAUGAUAUUGAUGAAGAUCCAAGCCUUGUUCCAGAAGCAAUCCAAGGGGGAACGUUUGGUUUCAAUUCAUCUGCCAAUGUACCAGCAGAAGGGUUCCAGUUUUAGAGUGGUAUUUUGGAAGUUUAGGUACAAUGCAGCACUGAAUAAAAAAAAAAAAAAGGUUUGAUCCAUCAAUCUUGGCUCAUGGGAUCUGCUGCUGCAUUAAAUCGGGCAAGUAAAUGUGAAGAUUUCAUUUGGAAUCCCAGAAAAGCCCAAAUGAAGUCAAGAUGGCGAGUGGGUGCGAGUGAGAAUGAGUGGCAAAAUGUAACGACAAACUUCACACUGAAUGCUUCUUUAGAUUGUUCAAAGAAAAAAAA